AUGAGUGGUUCCGUUCCCGGUGUAACAACGCUAAAAAGCGAUACAGUACCAAUGGAUGAUCGUUUUCUUGAUAUCAUUCCUUCCACCAGUGAUCUGCCAUUCAUUGCAAACCAAGAAGCCGAUAACGUAAGGCUCCAGCGAGAAAAGAAAGAAGCUAAAGUGGUCGCGAAAGAGCUGCAUGGUGGCCUUGACCGAACGACUCAGUCUUUGAACAACCUGAUGGCCUCCUAUGCCAAUCCUCUGCGGGAGAGCAACACGAUAUCAAGCGACAACGUGGCCAUCAAACAGCGACACACCAAGAUGAGGGCAGAAGCCGCCACCUACACGUGUAAGAUCCGCACUAUGACCACCAAGAUACGAGGGAUGGAGGAACAAAGUCAAGCAUAUAAGAUCGAGAACACGAAGCUUCGGAACCACCUCACGGAAUUAGAGACUGAGUUAGAAUUUCUUCGACUUCGAGUAAGAGCCCUUGAGUCGGGACAAGUGCAAGGACGGAUCCCAGACAAUGCUGUUCGAGCUUGA